GGCGUUAGCCGAGGAGGAAGCAUGCUGGCUGUCCGCGGCGCGCUGCUGGCCGCCCUGCUGUCCACAGUGGGGCCGGCACUGACCCCGGGGGCCUGCCCCGCGCUGGAGGUGGCGAGUGAUGUGCUGACCAGCCUCCCGGGGGCCAACGUUACCCUGACCUGCCCAGGCGUGGAACCAGGAGAAAAUGGCAGUGUUCAUUGGGCGUUCAGGAGUCAGGCUGUGGGCUCACCUCACAGCAGAUGGACCAGCGUGGGGACGAGGCUGCUUCUGAGGUCGGUGCAGCUCAGUGACUCUGGAAACUAUUCCUGCUUCCAGGACAGCCGUCCAGCUGGGACCACACACCUGCUGGUGGAGGCCCCUCCUGAGAAGCCCCACAUCUCCUGCUUCCAGAAGAGUCCCAUCAGCAGCGUUUGGUGUGAGUGGAGUCCUCGUGGCACCCCUUCCCCGACGACCAAAGCCGUGUUGUUGGUGAGAGUGUCCAGUCACAAAAGUCUGGUAAGAGACUUCCAGGAGCCGUGCCAGUAUUCCCAGGAAUCCCGAAAGUUCUCCUGCCAGUUGAAGGUUCCAGAGGGAGACAGCUCUUUGUACAUGGUGUCCCUGUGCGUUGCCAACAGUGUCGGCAGGAAUUCCAGUGGCACCCAAACAUUUGAGGGUUUAAAUAUCCUCCAGCCUGACCCGCCCGUCAACAUCACGGUCACCGGCAUGGUCAGAAACCCCCACUGGCUCAGUGUAACCUGGCAAAACCCCCCCUCCUGGAACUCUAAUUACUACCGGCUACAGUUUGAGCUCCGAUACCGGGCAGAACGGUCAAAGACAUUCACAACGGGGAUGGUCAAGGAGCACCAGAACCACUGUGUCAUCCAUGACGCUUGGAGUGGCAUGAGGCACGUGGUCCAGGUUCGGGCCCAGGAGGAGUUUAGGCACGGCUCGUGGAGCGAGUGGAGCCAGGAGGUCACAGGCACCCCUUGGACAGAUUCCAAGACUCUUAGCGCUGAGACUGAGGUGCCCGCCUCCACUCAGGCAUCAACUAUUAACGAAGAUAGUGAUGAUAAUACUCCCCCUGCGUAUCCUGCAAAUGUAACAAGCCUCCCAGUGCAAAAUUCUUCUUCAGCACCCCUGCCCAUGUUCCUGGUGGCUGGAGGAAGCCUGGCCUUUGGAAUGCUUCUCUGCAUUGGCCUUGUGCUGAGGUUCAGGAAGAUGUGGAAGCUACGAGCUCUGAAAGAAGGCAAGACGAGCAUGCAUCCGCCGUAUACUUUGGGUCAGUUGAUUCCCGAGAGACCCACCCCCCCCCCAGUCCUUGUCCCUCUCAUCUCUCCACCGCUGUCCCCCAGCAGCCUUGGGUCUGACAACACCUUGGGCCACAGCCGACCAGAUGCCAGGGACCCACGGAGCCCUUAUGACAUCAGCAAUAGAGACUAUUUCUUCCCCAGAUAAGCCGGCUGGGGUGACGCCAGGAAAGUUGGAGUGUCAGACGUGCGGAACUGUGUGGGUGAUGGAACAGAAGCUGGCUUAGCAAAAGGUGCUUCUUGCAGCCAUUGCAGCUCAUCUCAGUUUAUGAGGCCUCCCACUUCACCCUUCCAGAAGGUUCUACACUGGGUGAAAAUACAUUUGCUGCGUCUGUUGUAAGGAAGAGGUGGUUGAGUUUUCAUACCACCCUUCUCCAAAUGCCUUGCCUACAGGAGUUGGAGUGAACUUAGGCCCACCUGAAGAGAGAGGUGUCAAGACUCUGUGGGACUACCCAGUGGGCAGAGCCAGGGCUGCUGGAUAGGUGACCCCGUGGGCUUGGUGUGGAGAAGCUACCAGCUGCCCUAUUACAUCUUGUCCACAAGCUCUUCUCUUCCCUCAGACAGGUGGGGUGGACUUCUAGCCAAAGACUCCCCCAGUCAUCUGUAGCUCCCGGUCCACCACAUGGUUUUCUUAUCUUCUAGUUCAAACUCUUGAAACCCAAGUGUUUUGGCAAUUCAGUUUUUCUGGGUCUGAGGACAGCUUUCACUUCCACCACUGAGGCUGAGGGAAAGCUCUCCGGACUCCUGCCUUUCUUCCUCACAUCUGAAAAACAGCUGGAGGGGAGGGAAAAUAUCUCAGGGCCUGAUGGUUUUAAAGAACCCAUGAGCUUUGGUUCUUCAUUAGCAUUUCACAAGAUGUGAACGAUACUCCUAGGCAUUUGCCGAAUACAGAAGCAGCUGUACUGGCUUGAUUUUCCUCUCUGGAUCCCAGGACUUCAGGAGAGAAGCUGAGAGGAUGAAGGAAAUGGGGGACCCAGUCUCUGUGCUCACCUAUAGUAGCAGAGCCGAGGGGGACAGCAGCCUCUGAAAACCAAUGUCCCCCUCCUUCCCCCUGCCACGACCCACCGCCCCCUGACAAGGAGAGUUGGCCUCAGGGAGGGCUUCUGCCCUUGGUGAGGUCAAAACUGUUUCACCCCAGCUUUAUUUUGUUUCAACUGAACCAGAGUAACUAGGGAAGAUAAUAUUUAUGUGAAAUAGGGAUGUGAAAAGAAACAAAAAGAACUCGGCAAGAAGAUGUUUUAAUUUGGUUUAAAAAAAAAACGACCAUAAAUGCUGAUAAUUUUAUCUCGAGAGGAUGUACAUUCCAGUAUUAGCUGAGGGUCAGUAUAUAAAUAACUUGGUGAAAAGCACAAUGACUUUGUUUAGUGUGAAACUGAGUCAGGUGACAAAGGAGGAGGAGAAACCAUAUUUUCCCCAUUAGACAAGGGAUUCUGGUUGCAUUCUGUAUUCUUUUUGUUUCCAAAAAGUGAAAAAAUAGGCUCCCUCUUCUCUAAUUUUAGGCGAAAAGCAGGUGGCUGUGGAGCAAACGGUGUCAGGCUCCCGGUAGCUGGGACGCAAACCUCCCACCAUUACUGGGAAGGGUCAGUAGAAAAUCCCCAGCUCUGAAAGCCACAAGCCCUCUCUUACCAGAGGUUACCAGUUUACCAGUUGCUAUCGAAUUGAUUCUGACUCCUGGCGACCCGCUAUGUGUCACAGUAGAGCUGUGCUCCAUAGAGUUUUCAAUAGCUGAUUUUUUGGAAGUACACCACCAGGCCUUUCUUCCUAGGCACCUCCGGGUGGACCCAAACCGCCAACCUUUUGGUUAGCAGCCAAGCGUAUUAAUGUUUGCACCACCUAGCGACUCCGUUACCAAAAGUAGGUUCAUUAAAAAAAAAAUCCCUUAACUUGGUGCCUUCCUCUUUUUCUUACUUUCCUGGAAUUAGAUUCACUUCGGCUAGUGUGGAAGCACCAAGCAGAUGCUUAGCAGGGAUGUUGUGACUCACCGCUUCAGUUCACUUUCCUCGCUGGGCUCUGAGAAUUCAGCGAUGUCAGUGGUUACCCAGACAGGUGCCCUCAAGUCGCAGGGGGUAUCCCAAAGUGGAGCUAGGGUUGAAAUCAGUCAUGUAACCACGACCAGAAAUUUACCAGACCACAACAUUUUUCUAGUCAUUUAUCCUUUUAGAAAAACAAUCACCACCUCUAGACAGGUAGCAAAAGACAGAAACAACGGUGUUGUUUUUUCCUUUUUUUUUUUUUUUUUACUGUUGACCAGGUUUAAACUGUUACUAUCUUGGGUAAGUAGUAAUUUCUAGCUGGCUUUGUCUGUAACUUUUAGAUCCUUUAAGGAGCCCUGGUGGCACAGUGGUGAAGCGCUCAGCUGCUAAUGGAAAGGUCUGCGGUUCGAACCCCCUAGCUGUUCCGCAGGAGAAAGAUGUGGCAGCUUGCUUCUGUAAAGAUGACAGCUUUGGCAACCCUAUGGGGCCGUUCUACUCUGUCGCUAUGAGUCAGAAUCAACUCGACGGCAAAGAACGGGUUGCUCCUUUAGACAACUAAUCUUAAAUUUACAAAAGUUAGGCUGAAAACAACUUUAUAUAUUAAAAAAAAAUUUUCUUAAUAUGUAAAGUUUCUGACACUUGAGAACAGCAAAAAAUGCUGUUAAAGGGAAAUAUCUGGAAUGAGAAUCUGCAUGUGAAGGGCGAUUCUGUGCCCACAGUUCUUUCUUUACAAGGUUUUACCCACAUGUAAUAUUAGCAGAGCCAGUCUCAGCUAGCAGAAGAUGUGAAAUCCAGAUAGCUCGGCAGCUUUGAUCUCCAAAUUGUUAUUGCUUUCAUUAUUAUUGUAACGGAACAGCUUUUUUUUUUUUUUUUUUUUUGUAUUGAAGAGGGUUUUUUCCCUUUAUUUUUUUAUAAGCUAGCGUACAUGAAGGAAAAGUGUUUGUCUUCUCUGGGCUGUUGGCCUUGCUCAGUGUCCACAGCUAUGUCCCCAAGCUUUCUCUGUCCUUGAAUUUGUGUUGGCUAUAUGUUUUAAUCCACAGGUCAUCCCUACCUGUGUUUCCACAGCAUGGGUGCCGCCUCUUAUCCUUGGCAGUGAUGUUACUCACUGACAUCUGUAGCAGUCUGCCACUUAGCCAAAUGUGAAAUGUCAGGAUAGAGAUAGCUUGUAUUAAGCAUGACAACUUAACUUGCUGGGUGGGAAAAGCUAAAAGCGAUCGUUAAAGUUAAAAGUGGCUCAAGGUCUAAAUUGAGGUGAUCGUUAAUUCUUGUAGCAUUAACAAAAAAUAUUUUUAAAAUAUCUCAAGGAGGUAGCACUGGAUGUGACUACAAAGCCUUUGGUGGCCCUGAGAGCUUGGCUGUGAUGGGACCUUGACCUUGAGGUUUUCUUACUGGUCUCUGGCUCAUAUGCGUCCUUCCUGUUUUCCUGCUGUCCCGUGGGAAAGGACACUCAUCACCAUGGCGAGGGGUGGACUCUGCACUCUGGCUGCUGGAACCGUGUUGGGAGCCCACCUGGUGGUGAACAAUGCACAGCGGGGCAGAUUGAGAAUGGUCACUGUGUGUGGGUUUCCUGAAGAAUGUUCUGGAAUGUCUUGCCCAGCCACUUUGUGGUGCUGAGCUUCAUGAUCUCAUCGAGGGCCCUGCCGAAGGCUGAGCCAGUCAGGGAGGAUUCCAACGCCCAGCUCCAAGGUGCAGUUGAUGAGAUAUUUAUCCUAAUUUGGAGACACAGAGACAGACAACCUGUUCUCCCCUGGAGCAUGAGCACUGCGCCCAGCUUUCCCACGCAGCCAUCAACGGUGGGGCGCUUGCUGGAAGGGGCCGGCCAGGUGGCCCAGGUUCUGUGCCAGAUGCUCCUGAGCGUCCCCUAAAGGUCCUUCCAUCACCGUAUCCUCGGAGUGGCCAGGCGCCAGGGAGUUUCCAUGGCAACCUUAAUGAUCAUUAGGGAACAUUGUCAGUUUUAGGAACAUAUGUGCCAACUAAGAUCUACUUUAGAAGAAAAGGAUUGGAACAGCAUGUAGCAAGGCUGUUAAUUAAUAUAGAGACCUUAUUUGGAUGGAGAUCGCACAUCUGUUAAAUAGAAUACCUCAACUAUACGUUGCCUUUUUUUCCUUGAGAGAAGGAAGUAAUAGUUGUAAGUUGUGUGUGUGUGUUUACCUAAUUACCUGAACGCAAAUGCUGAUGUCUGUGUAUGGGGCAAAGGGUCAGUACAAUAUGUUUUUCAAUGUUUUCUCUUUUUACCGGCUGUUUUGCAUUUAAAGUGAAACUGUAAAUGUUUGAAAUAAAUAACUUCUAAAAAUGUG